CUUCUCUCUGAUUGGUCCGCCAUUCAGCGCUUCUCUUCCUCGUCCGUGAAUCCACCGAGAGUCGUCGGUUUUCAUGCUGAAGCUGCCGUUCGUGCCUUAUCAGCGCUGCACUCAUUGCAUGAUGACAACGCUGUCGCAGACUAAGGAGCUCUUCAGGAGAGCUGAGGCUGUCUGCUUUGAUGUAGACAGCACAGUCAUUAAAGAAGAAGGCAUUGAUGAACUCGCCAAAUUCUGUGGUGUGGGGGAUGCAGUCACUGAGAUGACGCGCAAAGCCAUGGGUGGCUCAAUGACCUUCAAAAAGGCCCUGACUGAGCGUCUUUCCAUCAUCCGAUGUUCCAGAGAACAAGUCAACAAACUCAUAACAGACCACCCACCUCAGCUGACUCCAGGCAUCAGGGACCUCGUGGACCGUCUGCAUGAGCUCAACAUAAAGGUGUUCCUCAUUUCAGGUGGCUUCCGCUGCAUUGUUGAACAUGUGGCCACUCAGCUAAACAUCCCUCUGAAUCAUGUUUACGCCAACCGGCUCAAGUUCUACUUCAACGGAGAGUAUGCUGGUUUUGAUGAGAGCCAGCCCACAGCUGAGAGCGGAGGUAAAGGGAAAGUCAUCAGCAUGCUGAAGGAACAGUACGGCUUCGAGACUGUAGUCAUGAUCGGAGAUGGAGCCACUGAUCUCGAGGCUUGCCCUCCGGCUAGCGCUUUCAUUGGAUUUGGUGGGAACGUUGUCAGGCCACAGGUCAAGGAGAGGUGCUCGUGGUAUGUGACUAGUUUUGGGGAGCUACUAAAAGAGCUGGAGAAGAUUUAAAGGUGCUGAAAGAUUCUUGUUUCUGAUUUAACAUGUUAAGUGUCAUACUUGCACCUAAGGGUGUGCCACUGAUGGAUUUUAUCAAGUGCACAUUUUUCCUUAGACUCCAGUAAUUUUUUUUUAACAAAUAAAUGUUUAUACUAGUGGGAGCAGUUGUAACUUUAAUAGUGAUGUUGCUUGUUUUUAUACUAGAAAGUACUAAAACAGGAAGGGAAUGUUGAAAAGAUGCGUUUUUGUACUUUUUACAUCCAAGCUUUUAGGUGGACUAAUACGACUCCUGUGUAUUAUGGCACGUGCAAUCAAAAGUGAAAGUAUUUUAAAUCUGGUUUCUGUUCUGUAGAAGCUGUAAUCAGACCUGUCAGUGUGGUGACUUAAGUCAUCAAAACAAAGCAUUAAAAGACAAGAAUGUCGCCGUUGCUGUUUGAAAAACUUUAAUCUGUGUUCUUGUCCUUGUCUCUACAUUGUUCCCGCUGAACAAAGGUUAACAUGCUUCCUUUAACAAUAAAAACUGUUACAGUAUGAAGCAGCAUGACUGAUCGGCUGCGUAACAAAUUCACUGUCACUGAUAUGCAGAACACCUGUUUUCACUGUAUCAUACAUGAUUUUUGUGCCUCAUUAAAAGACGCUGGAUAAAAACGGACUUUAAAACCAGGCAUGCCGUCCUGACGAGAAAAAAAAAAAAAAA